GAGCGCCGGGUUGUCUCGGCUUAUCUGACAGAAGGAAAUGGAAGUUCAAGAGGAAAACAUCAAGGGCAAACAACAUCAAGGGCAAACAUCAAGGGCAAGCCGCGACGAGAUAAUUUCCACCGACUAAAGAUAUCACAGGACACUGAAACAAUGGCAGGAUCAUGGGUGCCCGAUACUGCGCAGGGGAGCGACUUCUCCCUGGCCAAUAUUCCGUUCGGAAUCGUCAGCACUGCAACAGCCCAAGCCCCCCAUGCUGCCGUAGCCAUUGGCGCCUCCAUUCUGGAUCUCGAGGCUCUCGCCUCGCAUCCCCGUUUCUCUGAAUUGUUCCCGAGUCUCGCGGGCCACGAAACCGUGUUUUCGCAGCCGACUUUGAAUGGGUUCGCGGCACUUGGGAGAGCAGUCCACAGAGAGGUCAGGAAUGGCAUCCAGGACCUCCUCUCGGACGACACGCCACAUCCGGAGUUCCUCAGAGAUAACGAGGAGCUUCGGAAGAAGGCCCUGCUGCCGCAGAAGAACGUCAAGAUGCACCUCCCGAUGCAGAUAGGCGACUACACCGACUUCUAUGCCGGCUACCAUCAUGCAUACGCGGUCGGUGUCAUGUUUCGCGGUCCGCAAAAUGCCCUCCAGCCCAACUAUUCUCAUCUUCCGGUCGGUUACCACGGACGCUCCUCCAGCAUUGUCGUCUCCGGAACUCCUAUCAACCGCCCGGUUGGGCAAAUCUUGCUCGACCCUACCGCCGAGCCGAAGCAGCCAAGCACAGGCCCGAGUCGGCGGUUGGACAUCGAGCUUGAGCUGGGCUGCUUCAUCUCACGUCCCAACGAGAUGGGCAAGGCGAUCAAAAUCGACGAGGCCGAGGACCACAUCUUCGGCUACGUGCUGCUGAACGACUGGAGUGCCCGUGACAUCCAGACCUGGGAGUACGUCCCGCUGGGGCCAUUCAACGGCAAGAACUUCGCGACAACGAUAAGCCCGUGGGUGGUGCUGGCAGAUGCGCUGGAGCCCUUCCGGACGGUGGGUAUCGAGAACAAGACGCAACUGCAGGACUACCUGAAGGACAGCCGAGCGGACAGCGUGUUCGACAUCCGGUUGGAGGUCGACCUGACAACACCUGAGGGGGACACGACAACGAUAUCAAGCACGAGUUCGAAGAACCUGAUGUGGUCGUUCCCUCAGAUGAUCGCCCACCAUUCACUCGGUGGUUGUCCCAUGCGCACCGGCGACCUGCUUGGGUCCGGCACAAUCAGCGGUCCGGAGCCGUCGGAACGUGGGAGUUUGCUCGAGAUGAGUGAGGGUGGCAAGAAGGAGAUCUUCUUGUACGGAAUGGACGCCCGAAAAUUCCUGAAGGAUGGCGAUACUGUUACCCUGCGAGGAAUCUGCCGGAAGGGUGACAUGGCGGUCGGAUUCGGUUCCUGCACAGGGCGCAUUUUGUAGCUCUUCUCACUCGUAGAGGGUCUCUCCCAUGUCAAUUAGAGUGCCACCUGCAACUUGCAGCUAAUGGAACGCCUUGCUCUUACUAUGUAGCCUCGUCUGUUAUCCGAGACCAAUAUGAAUUGCGUUGUUUGUAUGUAUGUAUGUGCAUACCUGAGCAUUUCUACUUUGCCAAGAGCGACGCUAAAACGGUGCACGAGCGAGAG